AUGCGCAAAAGCGCGUACGCGCGCACCAACGUUAGUCCGUUUUCCUCCAAAAUCGAUUAUGGUAAUGAUGCUCAAAGCGUCGAGAAUGACUACGACAAAGAGUCGCACCAAUUCUUCAAUCAUCCAUCCAACAUUUCGGGGAACGCAAAUUCGUUUCUGCACGGCAUCGGAGACCCGUCGAUCCGGUUCGCCACGAAAGAAGAAAAAGUCCGAUUCGAUCGAAACACUCGACGCGCUCGAAGAGCUUUAGUUGUCUGCGCGCUGUUUUUAUUCCUCUUGGCGUUCAGCCGACCGAUAUACGGGCCGUACAUAGACAGAUUUGGGGAAGAUGGGGAUGCGACUUUAAUUGAGGUGGUGAAGGACCACUUGACGAAACGCGCCGAGCGCCACGGAUUGAAGAACGUGGGAGGAGGACGCGCGUCGUCGAAACGCAACGCGAACAACAGACACAACAACAAUAACAACAACGGGAAUACUAAAGAGGAGAGCACGUUUCACGCGAGAUAUAGAAGAAUAGAGGAAGAAAGAAGGGCGUUGCUGGAAGAACAUAAAGACGGGGUGGAGGACGAGAUGGAUACCGUGCGAAGGUUGGAGGUUUUGGAGGAGAGAGCGAAGAAUUUGCUGCGCGAACACGGGAAGAAGCACGGGAGGAAGCGUACUCACGAGAGCAAUAGCAAAGGGAUGAGUGGUGGUGGUGGUGGUGCCGAGUAG